AUGUUUGCAUCAUGUGACAGUGUGCAUGGCAAACAAGUUCAUAAUGGUAAUUCCACCGAUAGAUCUGAUCAGACUAGACUAAGCCCUGUCUUCAGGUUGGGACAGUCUCGUCUGGGAAAACAUGCUUUAUCUACUUCAAAAUUAGCCACACCAGAGUUUGGUCAGACUUUGCCGAAUGCCCAUACAUCCAUAACUGUGUCUCCUGUUCCAACAUACUCCACACCUAUAAACAGUAUCCCCAGACCAAACAGCCAAGCUAGUAUCAGAAGUCCUGUUCCUCACCAUUCAGUUUAUGAGUCCAGCACUGGAAACCUUUUUAGAAGCAUAGCUUCACCAGCACAGACACCAUCGACAUCUGCAUCACCAGCUUCUUUACGAAUGACCAUAUCCAGACCUGAUGGAGUUUGCCUCAUGCCAAGGAGGAAGUCGCACUCUGAGUCAACAGUAUCAAGAUAUGUUGGAAUAGAAGGUUCAUCUGCAAGAAGCCGGGGGCUAGCAGCCUUUUCUGAUCUCAGUUCAGGAUAUCAGCCAUUAAGCAACCAAUCUCCACCAUCUUCACAUCCCUCAUCUUCUACCUCAGCGUCAGCAAACACUUUAACAUCAUCAUUAACAAGCAGUUCUGCAUUAUCAGCUGCGCCAGAAAGGGCUGUCAACUCGUCCGUCUCCAGGCAUCUAGAAAUGUUACCCGGUUCUGUAUCUGAAACAUCUUCAAGGCAACCGCGUUCACAGUUGAAUAGUGCAAUGGUGUCCCGCAUGAGGCAGAUGUAUAAUUCUUGGACAGCUGCAGUUGCUGCUUCUGGUGAUACUCACGAUGUGGACUCACGCAUAUAUCUCUUACCUCUAGAUGCUCUCGGCCAAGGUGGCCUGACUGGCAGGAGAGCACUACCACCAAGAGGUAUACUGCAGGGGGCCGGUCUGCCAGCUUGGUGGCAUAGCUCUUUAAUAGAACAGCCAGACACGUCUCCAGACACUCCAAAAUCAUUUCCUUCUGUUGCAGAUGAACAAUUUUAUGAAGAAAUGGAACCGUCUUCACAAGUCAAGAACUACGCUUCAUUAAUAAAGAAAGCUGGUCCGUAUAUUUUAGGUCCUAGAAUUGGGUCCUCACCUGUACACAGCAUAGUUCAGUGUUUGGCCAGACGUGAGAAAACUAGCAAGUUUUACAUCUUAAAGAUUCUAACACUACCCGACCCAGCAAAGGAAACAACAGAUGAUCGACAGGGCAAAAUGCUGAUGUUAACAGAGUUCUCUCUCUUGUCUCAUUUGAAGGACAUGAAAGGUGUUGUUCACUGCAUCGAUUUUUUUAAGGAUAAAGCUUUCGACCCCAAACAGAAAUGUGAGGUUACGCGACUGUGUCUGCUGGUUGACUGCUUCAUGCCCCAUGACUAUGAUCCUGAGUCUCAGUACCUGGUCAACCUUCAGCACCAUGUGAUCCACGAGAAGAAGCUGGGCGAGAAGGAAGCCUUGAUCAUCUUCUGGGACAUUGCCAGGAUUGUUGAGCAGUUGCAUAAAACUUGCAGGUACAACAUGAUAGUUGACCGCAGGUCCUGGCGGGUCACAAUCACUAACUUCUGUUUGGGCAAACACCUGAGCUCGGAGAAGGACAAGCUGAAGGACCAGAGAGGCAGCCCUGCAUAUAUCAGUCCUGAUGUACUCAGUGGAAAACCAUAUUGUGGUAAACCCAGUGAUAUGUGGGCUCUUGGCGUUGUACUGUUCACAAUGCUCUAUGGCCAAUUUCCCUUCUAUGACAGCAUGCCUCAGGAACUGUUCAGGAAAAUCAAGUCAGCAGAGUUCACCAUACCAAAUGAUGGUCGGGUCAGUGAAGACACUAAACAGUUGAUUCAUCAGCUGCUGAUUUUGGAUGCACAGACUCGGAUGACAGCAGGUCAGGUGGUGGAUGCUUUGGAGUCUAUCAUUGGGAAAUG